CUACCGUCAGUGCGGAAAAUUACUCUCUCUAGUCUCACUCUCACACAAACCACAGAAGCAGAAGCUACUGACCUGAACUCAGGACCACACAAUUAAUUACGACAAUUUGGUACCACGUUCUUUAGUCCGUUUUCCGUUAAAUUAGUGGAAUGACUGAUUCAGAAAGAGUUGCUGAGGACAGCGACAUGGAGUCUAUUGAAGAUAGUGACAAUAUCCGAAUCAGUAACGUAAUUAUGAACAGACCAGACUUAUUGGCUGCAUUACAAAAUCGUUUUCAAAUUGGCAAUAUUCUAGAGAACUUGCCGGCUCCAGUUAAAAGACGCGUGAAAGCUCUCAAACAAUUACAACUCGCGCAAGUAAAUAUUGAGGCUAAAUUUUAUGAAGAAGUUCAUUUACUUGAGUGCAAGUACAAUAAAAUGUGCGCUGAAUUACACGACAAACGCAGCAAUAUUGUAUCCGGUAUCUACGAGCCCACUGACGAAGAGUCCGUUUGGGAAACUGAUAAUGAGGAAGACGAUAUCGCAAACGAUGUUAAGGAGAAGGUCAAGAUUGAAGAAGUUAAAGAUAAAACAGAUGAAAUGGAAACGGAUGCCGUCAAAGGAAUCCCCGAAUUCUGGCUUACGAUCUUCAAAAACGUGGGAAUGCUCGACGAAAUGGUGCAGGAACAUGACGAACCUAUUCUCAAACAUCUUUAUGACAUCAAAGUUAUUUUCCUAGAGUCUGACCCGAUGGGUUUCAUUUUGGAAUUCCACUUCGAGCCUAAUGAAUACUUCUCAAACUCAGUUCUUACAAAAGAAUAUUUGAUGAAAUGUGUCCCUGAGAAAAAUGAUCCAUUCAGUUUUGAAGGGCCAGAAAUUUACAAGAGCAAGGGUUGCACCAUUGAUUGGAAAAAAGGAAAGAACGUAACAGUCAAAACAAUUAAAAAAAAUCAGAAACAUAAAUCACGUGGCCAUGUGCGUACUGUCACUAAAACAGUUCAGAAUGAUUCCUUCUUCAACUUCUUUACUCCACCUGUUGUACCAGAUGAUGCUGAAGUUGACAUCGAUGAAGAUAUGAAAGCUUUAUUGACCAGUGACUUUGAAAUUGGUCACUAUAUAAGAGAACGUAUCGUCCCACGUGCUGUCUUGUACUACACAGGUGAAGGUUUAGAAGACGAAGGUGAUGAUUACGAAGACGAUGACGAUGACGACGAUGAUGAAAACGAUGAUGAUGAUGAUGAUGAAGAAGAAGAUGACGAUGACAAUGAAUUUCCAUCAAAUGAUAAAAAUAACAGAACAGGUGCGGAUCAAAAAACUGCUGAGUGCAAGCAGCAGUAAUCGUCAUUAAUUAUCUUUUUGCCAUAAAAAUUUAUAUGAACUUUUUUUUAAUUACAAUUUAAAAAAAUUAAUUAUUCUUUUUUUUUUUUUUAAUUUUGUCUCUAGAGUGAGCAUUGAAUUUUAAAAACUAUAAAAUAUAAAUUCGUUUUGGGCUCCGAUUUUUAAAAAUUUGUGAGUUAUUUGUCUCUGGUGAAAUUUUGGGAGCAGCUAUUUUAUAACAAAAAAUUAAUAUUGAUAAUAAUAAUAAUAAUAAUAUUAAUAAUAGAAACAAUUAGACUUGCCAUUUAAAUUUUUUAGUAUUUUUUAUUUUUUUAUUGAAAGAAAAAAAAAUUCCAUACGUUUAAUUAAUAGUACAUAGAAAAAAAAAAUAGAUAAACAAAAAUGUUAUUUUAUAUGAUGUAAUAAAAGAAACUGGUUUCUGAUUCAUUUCAAUUAUAAUUGUUUGUUUACGAUGUAUCGAAUAAAAAAAUUCAAUUUUGUAA